GCAUUCGAUCGACUGUCGACAUUCUGCCGGCGUUUAGAUUCGUUUCGAAGAAUUCUCAGUUCUAUUUCAUUACUCUGAAAAGUAAACAUGGUAACUAGGAGGAAGACGAGGUCGUCGGAUGCAGAGGAAUCGAGGAAUUCAGCAGUUAUUCUGGAUGUUAAGGACGAUGAGACUGCCAUCAGUCAGACCGAGAGACAGAGGGGGAGUGGAUCGCCUGGGGGAGUAGAUGUGACUGUCAGGAGGAGCACCAGAACGAGGAAAGAACCAGCAAAAUACCAAUCGCCAUGCCCUUCACCCACUUCUUCCAAGAGAUCUGGCUCUUCAAAAACAUCAGUGAGCUCCCAAUCGGACCAGCCAGUUAGCUCACAGUCGGAGGACGACAGUGGAGAGGUGGAGGUGAAGAAGAGGAAGACUAGUAAAAAAGGGAAGAAAGGAAAGACGAGGACGACGAGGCCCACCAAGAAGAAACAGACUGGUUCCAAGAUGACUGAGUACGAGAGGAUGAUCCAGAAGAACAUUCAGGAACGAAAUGCCUUCCUUGAAAAUCUGAUGAAAGGGGAGGGAAACUCUUUUGAAGAGGAGAAGCCGGUAAAGACCUCUAGGAAGAAGAAGAGACGUGCCUCGUCGACGAAUGACGAGGAGGAGAUUCAGCAGCCGAAGAAGAGAAGGAAAGUAGCCACGAGAAAGAGAAAGGCAUCCUCCGAUGAUGACGAGGAGGAGGAGACUGGGGUGAGCUACAACACGAGGAGCAGAGGGGCUAAGAGACCUCGAGGGAUCUACAAGGAACAUGGCUCCAGUGGGGGCGAGAAUGACACGUUGUCGUCUGCUGCUGACGUCUCGGAUAAUGAGGAUGAGGAGACACGUGGCAAGAGAAAAACGAGGAGUUACAAGAAAACGGAGAGUGCCAUCGUCACCAGGGGACUGGCAAUGCUGGCACAGAAGAGAGAGGAGCUCAAAGUAAAUCAACAUCCCCAGGACCCUGAACAUAUCGGAGAAGCAAGUGGUGAAGCUGGGGAUGGUGAAGAGGAUGUUGAGGAUAAUGACAAGAGGGACGAGGACUAUGUGGAGGACAGCUGCUCCACUGAGGAGGAAGGGACGUUCGUCGAUGGAGAUGACACUGAGGGUAACAGUGAUGGAAGUAAUCCUUCCCCCAAAGAAAAUGUGGGAAUGGGUGGGGAAGGAGGAGGUUCUGACGAAGGGAGGGAUCCAGAUGCUGCAGGUAGAAGUGAUCUUGAGGCUCCUGGAGAGACACCUGUGGAUGAGAAAGGAAAUCAAGAGGCUGGGGGUGGUAAUGAAAUUAUUAAUCCCACUAAAGAUGAUGGGAAGGUUCCUGGGAAAGGAGAUUCUCCUAAGAAGCAAGAUGCAGAUGGAGAAGGUAGUCCCAGGACCCCUGAAUGGAAGGAAAAUGGGAGUGUUGAUGAGACUGAGGGACAAGUCACUCCGAAAAUCAGGAAAGUGAGGAGCGAGGAGUUCCUGGAGGAGAAUAAGGAGAACUCCAUGCCUGAGGAGCCGCAGGACGUCCUCAGCCCAGGGAAGUGAUGCUUAGGAUUUAGUGUAUUGGAGUCGUUCACGGCCUGGAGGAGUCGCGGCUCAUUAAAUAUUCUCUAUUCAUUCAGAAAGAUUUAGGAUUUCUCUGGAGAGAGUUGACAACACAGAGGGCGAAGAUUCGUUGACGAAUUCUCGAUUCUCAGUAGAAACUUAAGCAAUUGUUAGGUUUAGAAAAACGAGAUUUUGAUUUAGUAGCGUUUUUUUUUGAGGUCGAAUUUUGAUUUAAAGAGAGGAAGUUCUUGGAAGUUUUGAGAUUAUUGGGUAGUUGGUGAGAACAAGGACAAACUGAUGAUCUAAAAAUUUGAAAUUUGGUCUAGAAAUGCGGAUUGUUUUAUUUUCGACUCUAAAAAUUGAUCAAAUAAUGCAAAUUGCUUUAAAAGCGUGAAGAUUAUUAAACACUUGAAGGAGGCGUUGCUCUCGCGAAUAGUUUUAAGAAGUUGAAGAUUAUCAAAAAAUCGAUCAAAGGAUCUCAGUGUCUCAUUGAAUGAGCAUAUAAUACUUAAGAGAGAAAUACCCAUAGAAGAUUAAAAAUUAGAGCUUAAUGAUUCGUUGACAAACUUAAUUUAAUUAUCAUUUAUUUUAAAAAUUGAUCAAAAAAUGCAAAUUGCUUUAAAAACUUGGAGAUUAUCAAACAAUUGAUUGAAUAAAUCCCUAACUUCAUCGUUCAACAAUGUGAAGAUUGAUAUAAAAAAAUUCUUCAAAAAUUCGAAUCAAUUACUGAAUCAAAUAAAAAACUGACGGAACAACAAAAGGAAAAUUAUAAUUUGAAAAUUUAUUGAUCGAUCUAAAAAUACAAAUUGCUUUGUAAAAUUGGAGAAUAAAACAUCAUUAUCGGAAUCACUCGAAAGAUCAACAACUGAGGGAUCAAUGUUCGAUGUUGCUUGAUGAUUAGUGAUUUGUAGAUUGAAGACUAUCAAAGAAGCUCAAAAGAACUCAGUGUCUCAUCGAAUGAGAAAGAGAAAAAUACCAAUACAAGAUUAAAAAUUAGAGUUUAAUGAUUCGUUGACCAACUUAAUUUACUUAUCAUUUAUUUUAAAAAUUGAUCAAAAAAUGCAAAUUGCUUUAAAAACUUGGAGAUUAUCAAACAAUUGAUUGAAUAAAUCCCUAAAUUCAUCGUUCAACAAUGUGAAGAUUGAUAUAAAAAAAUUCUUCAAAAAUUCGAAUCAAUUACUGAAUCAAUUAAAAAACUGACGGAACAACAAAAGGAAAAUUAUAAUUUGAAAAUUUAUUGAUCGAUCUAAAAAUACAAAUUGCUUUGUAAAAUUGGAGAAUACAAAAUAAUUAUCGGAAUCACUCGAAAGAUCAACAACUGAGGGAUCAAUGUUCGAUGUUGCUUGAUGAUUAGUGAUUUGUAGAUUGAAGACUAUCAAAGAAGCUCAAAAGAACUCAGUGUCUCAUCGAAUGAGAAAGAGAAAAAUACCAAUACAAGAUUAAAAAUUAGAGUUUAAUGAUUCGUUGACCAACUUAAUUUACUUAUCAUUUAUUUUAAAAAUUGAUCAAAAAAUGCAAAUUGCUUUAAAAACUUGGAGAUUAUCAAAGAAUUGAUUGAAUAAAUCCCUAAAUUCAUCGUUCAACAAUGUGAAGAUUGAUAUAAAAAAAUUCUUCAAAAAUUCGAAUCAAUUACUGAAUCAAAUAAAAAACUGACGGAACAACAAAAGAAAAAUUAUAAUUUGAAAAUUUAUUGAUCGAUCUAAAAAUACAAAUUGCUUUGUAAAAUUGGAGAAUACAAAAUAAUUAUCGGAAUCACUCGAAAGAUCAACAACUGAGGGAUCAAUGUUCGAUGUUGCUUGAUGAUUAGUGAUUUGUAGAUUGAAGACUAUCAAAGAAGCUCAAAAGAACUCAGUGUCUCAUCGAAUGAGAAAGAGAAAAAUACCCAUAGAAGAUUAAAACUUAGAGCUUAAUGAUUCGUUGACAAACUUAAUUUAAUUAUCAUUUAUUUUAAAAUUUGAUCAAAAAAUGCAAAUUGCUUUAAAAACUUGGAGAUUAUCAAAGAAUUGAUUGAAUAAAUCCCUCAAUUCAUCGUUCAACAA